CGCAGAGAAGGUAGGUACACGGACACAUCUCGCCAACACAUCGCAAUUCGGCAGCAACCGCAGCCCAAGCAAACGGAGGCGAUGGGGAAGGAGUUCGGGAGCAUGGAGGAGUUCUGGGGGUUCUACCUGGGCCAGCACUCGAAGCCGGCCACGCGGCGCUGGCACUUCGCCGGCACGCUCGCCUCGCUGGUCUGCGCGCUGCUGGCGGCCGCCACCGGCCGCGCCGCGCUCCUGGUGGCCUGCCCCGUGCUCGGCUACGGCCUGGCCUGGUACAGCCACUUCUUCGUGGAGGGCAACCGGCCGGCCACCUUCGGCCACCCCGUCUGGUCCUUCCUCUGCGACUACCGCAUGUUCGCCCUCAUCCUCACCGGCCGCAUCGACGCCGAGCUCGCUCGCCUCCGCAUCCACCCGCCGCGCCCGCGCAUCGCCUCCGACUGAUCGAUGCGCCCGUCUCUUCGCCGUCCGUGCCGUGCCAACAUCAAUCAAUCAAUAAAAAUCCCGCGCACUUGCAGGUGUGUAGGACAGUAGGAGUAUCUGUCUACUGAGGUUCCUGGUCUAUGUGUACUUCCUGCGCAUUUCAUUUCUCUACGCACGGAAAAAUACUAUUACUACCAUGUGUCUUUGCCUCUCGUGAAUUAUGAUUGCUCUAAGGCCUUCCUCUUC